AUGAAGACAACCUGUCCUGGACGAUCGUCGAAGAAAAAUGGGAAUGGGAGACAAGAUAGUACAGUGAAUGGAAAUGAUAGACAAGAUAGUAUUGUGAAUGGAAGUGAUCGUAGAUCUAGUUCCACUGUUCAUAGAGAUAGUAAGAGCUCGAAGAGAAACUCGAAACAGAAGUCAAAGUCGAACAUGAAGUAUCUGCUUCAGGAAAGGAUAUCCAGCGGGGAAGAAGUGUCUUCCAUAUACGGAAGUAGAGAUCUCGAAGAGAAGACAAGAAUGUCAGAGGCUUCUCAAACAGCCAAUGAAGCAAAAUCAGCUGUUGUGAUGGAAUACUCGACUGUCCAGAAAAUUGUACAAAUUUUAGACAACGAUGUGAAUCUAUCUGCCACGAGGAUGGCAAUUAGAGAGAUGAACCCUAAACACCAUAAUGAUGAGAAGAAAGUUCAACAGAUCCUUGAAGAAAAGUCUGAACCUGAAUCCGUAACUGUGUAUGAAGCAGUGCUUGAAGAAUAA